GGAAAAACUUGAAAACUGAUGCCACGAAUCGACGGCCCCACGAAUGGUCUUAGUGGAACCCUGAUUACGCUACGGGCCGUCGCACUCCCUUGAAGCGCCGGAGCAUUUUAGCGUCGCACGUCACCUGAUGAGGCAUUUACUCAAGACUCAUCAACCUCAGCCCGCCAGCGCGACAAUCAAUUUAGCUGACGGUCUCGUCUUUACGCUUCACUUCUAUCUAAAGAGCAACGACAAUCUCAUACAUCGAUCGAACCAUGCAGCAAGUAAUGUCUACCAAGCAUGCCAGAGAGCCUAAUCCAGUCGAUACAACAGGACUAUGUCUACUGUCUCUAGAUGGCGGCGGCGUGCGAGGACUUUCAACGCUCUACAUAUUAAAAAGCAUUAUGGAUCGGCUAAAUCACGAACGAAAGAAGACUGCUAAUCUUCCGCCGGUGAAGCCAUGCGAACUAUUUGACCUUAUUGGAGGUACAAGUACUGGCGGAUUGAUUGCGAUUAUGCUUGGCCGGCUCGAGAUGGACGUGGAUGAGUGUAUUACCGCAUAUAGUAAUCUCGCGGCAGCCAUUUUCAGUGAGAAAAUAAGUCAGGUCCCAGUUAACAUAAAGGGUAAAAUAAAGCCGCGGUUCGACUCGGCCAAACUGGAAAGUGCGAUCCGAAAGGCGGUAGCACAGAGUGGUGUAUCCGAGACAGACUUGUUCAAUGAUGGGACUGAGCGUGGAUGUAGAACCUUUGUGUGUACUGCCGACCGCGACACGAAGGACAUUGUCCGUCUCCGAAGCUAUAGCCUUAUUGACGAGCCGAAUAUUCAUGCGACGAUAUGCCAGGCUGCUCUUGCAACAUCCGCUGCUACAACAUUCUUUGAUCCCGUCAGCAUUGGGGAUCGUGCGUUCGCUGAUGGCGGCCUUGGUGCAAAUAAUCCAGUGGACGAAGUUGAGGGAGAGGCGUCAAACAUCUGGUGUUCGGAAACUGGAGAUUUGAAGCCUCUAGUCAAGUGUUUUAUAUCAAUUGGGACGGGGAACCCCGGCAAGACGGCAUUCGAAGAUGGCAUAUUUAAGUUUCUCGGCCAGACUGUGGUGGAUAUCGCGACCGAGACGGAGAAUACAGAGAAGAAAUUUAUAGCCAGGUGGGCGAAGCAUUUUGACGAAAGCCGAUACUUUCGUUUUAAUGUUGAUCAGGGUCUGCAGACCAUUGGGCUUGACGAGUACAAGAAGAAGGGCGCGAUAGAAUCAGCGACAGGAGGGUAUCUAACUCACACAGCACAGAAGUUUCAGGUGCGAGAUUGUAUCCAGAACAUGAAGCUAAAGCAGAUUAAAACUGAUCCUUCGUUUGCCGCCUUGAUAAGUAAAUACACCAUUCGACAACACUCAGGGAGUGGCGCUACAAUCUUUGGAAAUGUACAUUGGAUAGUGCCCCGUCCUGUCAAUGAUCUAUUCACAGGGCGUAUCGAGCUACUGGAUCGGAUGAAGAAGGCCUUGUCCACUAUCAAUACUCCUCCUACUGACAAACGGAAGAUAUUCGUUAUUACAGGGCUAGGAGGACAAGGAAAGAGCGAAAUCUGUCUGCAAGUUGCGAACCUGAUGCGGAAGGAAUUCUGGGGGAUAUUCUGGGUCAACGUUGACAUGCUUUCCACUGCUACAGAUGGCUUUAUCACUAUUGCAGAAACUCUUGGAUCCGCGGUCAAAGAUGUUCCUAGUGCUCUUCGAGCUCUUGCAAAAGCUGAGCGAAACUGGCUCCUUAUUCUCGACAACGCUGACACCCCAGAUUUUGACUAUCAGGUCUACCUUCCAUCUGGGACUCACGGUGCUAUUAUUAUAACAUCUCGAAAUUCUGAAUGUAGUCAGUAUAAUACAGUAGGGGCUGAGGUUAUAAAGGCUCUUAAAGACCAAGAUUCUCAAGAGCUUUUAUUUAAAGCAGCUAACCUUCCUCAAGAUUCAUGGUCGUUAUACGCUAGUCAAGCUACAGAAAUUCUCCACCUACUAGGAUCACAUACUCUCGCGCUAAUCCAGGCUGGCGCGUAUAUUGCAAGAGGCCACUGCAAACUACACGAAUACCCAAAUGAAUAUCGACGGCAGCGAAAGCGACUGCUAGAGUUCCGGCCAAAACAAGCACGGUCGACGUAUGGCGAUGUUUAUGCGACCUUCGAGGCAUCGGCAUAUGUGUUAAAGCAGUCCAAGAGCGAGGCUGCAAGUGACGCUCUGCAAUUACUCGGAAUUCUUUCAAUGCUCGACUCUAGCAUCCUCCCUCUCCAACUCUUUCAAAAUACAUGGGAGGGAUGUAGAAAAGUUCUCCACACUAAUCGUAUAGAGGAAUGUGGUAUAGAUGUGACUACAAGUCACGUUUUACAAUUACCUGCCUUUGUAAUGGCAGAUGAUGACGAAUGGGAUUCUUACCGCCUCACUAAGGCCAGAGAUUUAUUAGCAUCACUUUCUCUGGUUACCCAGCACAAUUUAGAUGGCUCGCCCGGAUUAUCAAUGCACCCUUUAAUACAUGCUUGGGCCAAGGACCGUCAGGACUUAGAGAAGCAAGGCAUAACUUGGAUAUCUACUGGGUGUGUGCUUGCGCUUUCCCGAUUCAAUACUCAAUGGCGGACACAAGAGAGGCGACUACUACCACAUGUCCAGACUUUUGUGGACAUCAGGAAUAAUAGGGAAGUCUCACUUGGGUCUGAACCUAUAGUUGUUCCAAUUCUUCUUGAAUGUGGCUGGAUCCUGCUAGACAUGCGGCAGGACUCUAAACUUGACGGCCUAUUAAAAGAUAUAUUUGUUCAACUUGGAAAAAAGCCCGAUGAACUAUCAAAAGAGUUUCUGCCAUUAUAUAACAUCCAAGCAAGGAGCUUGGUAAAUCUAGGACAUUAUAAGAAGGCAGUCAAGCUGUUAGAGCAGAUGGUUGAGGUCGAAGAGGCUACUCUGGCUAAGGAUGACCCAGACCGGCUGGCAUCGCAGCACGUACUUGCAGAAGCUUAUCAGGCAAACGGACAGGUGAAAGAGGCAGUCAAGCUACUACAGCAGGUGGUCAAGAUCAGAAAGGCUACUCUAGCCGAGAAUCAUCUAGACCGGCUAGCGUCGCAGCGCGCACUUGCAAUUGCUUAUCAGGCCAAUGGACAAGUGAAAGAGGCAGUCAAGCUACUACAACAGGUGGUUGACAUUGGAGAGGCUACUCUAGCUAAGGAUGACCCAGACCGACUAGCGUCACAGCACACACUUGCAAUUGCUUAUCAGGCAAACGGACAGGUAAAAGAGGCAAUCAAGCUACUAAAGCAGGUGGUUAAGAUCGAAGAGGCUACUCUAGCUGAGGAUCACCCAGACCGCCUAGCGUCACAGCACGCACUUGCAGGUGCUUAUCAGGCGAACGGACAGGUGAAAGAGGCAGCCAAGCUGCUACAGCAGGUGGUUGAGAUUGGAGAGGCUACUCUAGCUAAGGAUCACCCAAACCAGCUUGCUUCGCAGCAAGCACUUGCAGUUGCCUAUCAAUCAAACGGACAGGUGAAAGAGGCAGUCAAGCUACUACAGCAGGUGGUUGAGAUUGGAGAGGCUACUCUAGCUAAGGAUCACCCAAACCAGCUUGAUUCGCAGCAAGCACUUGCGAUUGCCUAUCAAUCGAACGGACAGGUGAAAGAGGCAGUCAAGCUACUACAGCAGGUGGUUAAAAUCAGAAAGGCUACUCUGGCUAAGGAUCACCCAAGCCGGCUGAAAUCGCAGCACGCACUUGCAAUUGCAUCACGCCAACGGACAGGUGAAAGAGGGAGCCGAGCUAGAGCACGUGGUCGAGACCAGAGAGGCUACUCUAGCUAAGGAUCACCCAGACCAGCGUCGCAGCACUGAGGAUCAGACGUUGACUGUUGCGAUUCACUGGUUGCUGGAGGUGUCAAAGGAAAUGGAAUCUGCCUAUCUGGCGGUGUCCCAUCAGCAGAUGGAGGGACAGUAGGCUUCAAAGCUGAGAAUCUCUUCACAUCAUUCAUUGCUCGGUUAGUGAUGAGUUGCGGCGUUGUGUUGCGUUAUUGAUCCGGGAGCCCGCCAGCUUCGGAUUAUUGGAGGUCUCUACGGUAACCUUGAUCUCUUUUGUGAAGCGAUUUAUCACGUGGGUAAAACAGAGCCACGCAGCCUUGCCACAUAAUGACAUAAGCGAGUUCACAUCUCAGACGUGGGGGUCAAUAUACACUAACCGAAAAACCACUAGUCGCUUUGGCUUGAGGUAUUAAUUUCCAUGGCAACCAUACAUGAAUUUGCCCCGCACUACCACCACAUGGCUGAUGACGAUCUCCCGCUUGGCUGUGAGGGUUUAAGAGCUCGGGUACAACCCUCUUAUACGUUUUGGGAAUAAUAAGAGCUUAGUGGUGGAGCUAUGGUGGGGGAAGUCUGUUUCGUAACAAAUGCAAACCCUCUGCAAAUCAGUCGCAAUAGUGGCAACGCAAACAUAAUUUUCUUAAAGGAGUGGUCUAGGGUGCUUACGAGUAGCUGUAGAAUACGUUUCAUGCAAAAAUGUAAGAGAUAUCAAUAAAUGUGUAGAAUUUGAGAUGCCU